UUUCCUUCAUGAGGUUUUCGGGAAGCCCCAUCCGUUAUCCGUUCGGCUUGCCUUUGCUCCGCCCUUCGCUAAGAGAGAAGUGGACACUAUCUGCCUCGGUUGUACAUAUCCGACCUGCGGCAAAAGUAUAUCAGUCCUGAGCGUCCUCUAGUACCUACUAGUCACAUUAGCCCAACCAAUUCAAUUUUUUAUUAAAUAUACUACCGUAAUGCCGUCUUCUUUAAGCGACGCUGUCAAACUCCCUUGCGGCUUAGUGUUUCCCAACCGCUUUGUUAAGGCUGCAAUGGCCGAGAUGCUGGCGGGAUGGGAGCAUAAUCCGACGCCACCAAUGCUUGAGGUCUACAAUCAAUGGGGUCAAGGAGGGUGGGGUGCUCUUCUCACAGGAAACGUCCAAGUUGACAUAGACCACCUCGGAAGUCACUUCGACCCUGCUCUGCACGGUGAAUAUACCGGCAAAGAGGGUAACGAAGCCCUCGUUGAGAGCUGGGCCAAAUAUGCCCAAGCAUGCCAACAGCAUGGAACUCCUGCCAUCGUGCAGAUCAGUCAUCCCGGUCGACAGUCAAUUCGCGGUGCUGGCAACCGUGGUCUCUUUGCGCCGACUAUAGCGCCGAGUGCGAUUCCCGUGCAGAUUGGGGAUGGUUGGUUGGACGGAUUUCUUAGCAGAAUCGCAUUCCCGGCACCGAGAGAGAUGACACAGGCAGAUAUUGACACUGUGACGAGGAAGUUUGUUGAUACGGCUCGAUUAAUGGCCGAUAGUGGAUUCUCCGGCGUUGAGUUGCAUGGCGCCCAUGGAUAUUUAAUUGAUCAAUUCUUGAACCCCAAGACAAAUUUUCGAGCAGACGCGUACGGCGGCACUCCGGAGAAGAGAGCAAAAUUUGUCCUAGAUAUUAUUACCGAAAUUCGAAAAGUCGUUCCAUCGAAGUUUUGUGUGGGCAUCAAACUCAACUCUGCAGACCACAGCUCAUCAACAUUUGAAGAAACCAUGACUCAAAUCGGAUUACUGGUGGAGGCCGGGAUUGACUUCCUCGAGGUCAGUGGUGGAAGCUAUGAAGAUCCCAGUAUGAUGGGGGGCACGCAGCCGCAGAAGAGCGCCCGCACAGCAGCCCGUGAGGCUUUCUUUAUCGAAUUCGCAACCGAAGCCCGCAAGCGGUACCCCGAUCUUGUCUUUAUGCUGACAGGCGGCUUCCGAAGCCGCACAGGUGCCGAGUACGCCAUCAAGGAGAAUGCAUGCGAUCUAAUUGGAAUUGGCCGUCCGGCGGCUAUUGACACCAAGUUCCCUCAGUUGCUCCUCGAUGAAGGUGUUCCAGAUGCAAAAGCGCAGUUGCUUUUGAACAAGGUUCCGGCUCCAUUUUAUACUCGUUUCCUUCCUACAAAGAUCAUAGGUGCUGGGCUAGAAACUACAUAUUACGGGUGGCAGAUUCAACGAAUAGCAAAGGGACUGAUGACCAUGGUACCGUCUGUUUGAUUGCACCAUCGGUGCUCUUUAUAAUGUUAUUUGUAUGAGUACACUUAAUAUCAUGGGCCCGGAUUUAUUGAACAGCACAUGGUCAAUUCAUCUCAUUUUUAAUUGUUUAUCAGUAUCUAUUGGAAGGUCUUCAGAGCCGAUUAUUUAUAUAC